CGGACAAAGUAUGUGUAAAGAAGCAAGCAUUCACGAAGCAUCACUUUGGAAAAUAACUAUCAUCAUCAUCACCACCUACAUCAACCACACACACGAACAAGAAGAAGUUGGUCACAUUCGUCUGGUCCAGCUUUUGUAGUUGAUAGCAUCAUCAACCUCGAUCAAAAUAUACAGCAAUGUCUCGUGCUCCACCUGCAAAGACAUCCCAAGAUCUCCUUUCGGUUUCCUUCAAUCAAGAUGGCAGUUGUUUGAGCGUUGGAACACGAAAAGGAUAUUCUAUAGCCAAUGUGGAACCGUUUGGAAAGGUGUACAGCAAAUCUGACGGGCCUUGCAGUAUUGUGGAGAUGCUGUUCUGUACAAGUCUGGUAGCCGUUGUUGGAACGGCGGACAGUCAACCAAGUAGCAGUCCAAGAAAACUCAAAAUCGUAAACACAAAACGUCAAUCAACAAUUUGCGAACUAGUAUUCCCCACAGCCGUACUCGGAGUCAAAUUAAACAGAAGAAGGUUGGUUGUCGUAUUGGAAGAAGAGAUUUAUAUUUAUGAUAUUUCCAAUAUGAAACUUCUGCACACCAUCGAAACAAGUCCAAAUCCUCAAGCGAUUUGCGCUCUUUCGCCUUCUUCAGAACCUUGCUAUUUGGCUUAUCCAUCGCCUGUUCCGUCACCAAAAUCGCCAUUCUCCGCUGGAUCUAACCAGACAUCACCUGGCGACGUUCUCAUUUUCGAUCUACUCACUCUGAGCGUAACAAAUAUCAUUCAAGCACACAAGACACCGAUUUCUAGCUUACAGCUCAACUCUACCGGUACAAUGCUCGCCACUUCAUCUGAUAAAGGCACUGUGAUAAGGGUAUUUAGCGUUCCCAGUGCACAGAAAUUAUUUCAAUUCAGAAGAGGUAGCUAUCAGGCAAGAAUUUACUCAAUGGCAUUCAAUGCUGUCAGUAGCUUAUUGGCCGUUUCAAGUGAUAGCGAAACCGUUCAUAUCUUCAAGCUAACACAGCCUGGAGCCAAUAAUGCAAUACAGGGCGGAGGAAUUGGAGAUAGAAGUUCGAUGGGAUCUCCUGGCUUGAGCAGUGCAGAUGGCUCGGAUUCGGGCAGUAUAACGGGAAACGGAAGGAAUGGCGGAGGCUUUGAAGCAUUCAUUGAUGAUCGCAAACGAGCAGGCGGGCUGAGCGGAUCGAUCAGACGAAAAUCAAUGGCAUUUGGAAGGAAUAUCAGUGGAUCCGUUGGGGGAUAUCUACCGCACACUCUUGCAGAAAUGUGGGAACCUUCAAGAGAUUUCGCAUUCUUCAAGUUGCCCACAAAUGGCGUCUCUUCUGUCGUUGCGAUCAGUAAUACAACGCCUCAAAUCAUGUGUGCAACGUCAGAAGGGCUAUUCUACUGCUACAACAUCGAUCUAGAAGUUGGAGGAGAGUGCACUUUGAUGAAACAGUAUUCUCUACUGGAUGGCGACGACUCUGGUAACGGUCAGGAUACUCGCUCCGACUAAAUCGCUUCCAGCAUACUGUAUGUGCAUAUUCCGAUACCCUCAUUGAUGUUGCCAUACCUUUUGUGCAAAACCCAAAAUCAUUUUCGUCCAUCAAAUUGUAAACACAUAUUCACUCAUUUAAUUCAAAUGGUAUAUAAACGGCU